UUUUGAGGGGGAGGGUGCAAUUGUGGUGCUAGGCGAUUGGACCAUCCUCCGGGGACACAACAACCCUCUUGUGCUCAACCCCUGAAGACCAGCAGCUGCUGCAAUUUCCCCACCCCACAAAAUACUCUCAAAAUUUAAUUUUCAUUCCGGUUUACAUCUCUUUCUCUCUCCGCCCGCUCUUUCUCUCUCUCUGGAUGAGAUGAUAUCUCCUCCCCUGCUCCUCCCAUGAUGCAAUGGCUUCCCUGAAACUGGGAUCCAAGCCCGACGCUUUUCAACGCCAAGGACAAGCUUGGUACUGUACAACUGGACUUCCAAGUGACGUUGUCAUUGAAAUCGGAGAAAUUUCUUUUCAUCUUCACAAGUUCCCCUUGCUUUCUAGGAGCGGCGUGUUGGAGAAGUUAAUUGAAGAGUCUUCUACUGCAGAUGGAACAGCGUGCAUUAUACAGCUCCAUGACAUCCCCGGUGGUGCAAAAGCUUUUGAACUUGUUGCAAAAUUCUGCUAUGGUGUUAGGCUGGAACUCACCGCAUUAAAUGUGGUAUCCGUUCGAUGUGCUGCUGAGCACCUACGUAUGACAGAAGAAUAUGGGGAAGGGAACUUGAUUCUACAGACAGAGGAAUUCCUCAGCGAGGUUUUCUCCAGCUGGAAGGACACCAUAAUAGCAUUGGAAACAUGUGAGGAAGUGCUCCUUCACGCCGAGGAGCUUCACGUUGUCACAAGAUGCAUCAACUCCUUAGCUAUGAAAGCCUGUAGCGAUGCCAGUUUAUUUGGUUGGCCUAUGGGAGGAGGGCAGAGAACUCUUCAGAGUCCAGGUGGUAGCUUGCUAUGGAAUGGAAUUGGUACAGGAGCCACACCAAAGCCGGUGACUUCAGAUUGGUGGUACGAGGACUUAGCAGUUCUUAGUUUCCCUCUCCUGAAGAGGUUGAUUUUGGCAAUGGAAUCUAAAGGCAUGAGCCCAGACAACAUUGCUGGAUGCCUCACGUUCUAUGCGAACAGUCAUCUCCCUGGACUGCAGAAACGAAACUCAGGGAACCAGGAGAAGAAUUCCCGCAUUUCUGUCCCAACAGAGGGCGAACAGAGGGCUCUGCUCGAAGAGAUUGUGGGUUUAUUGCCCAUGCAGAAGGGUGUCACGUCGACAAAAUUCCUACUUGGACUGCUUCGUACGGCUGUAAUUUUGCAUGCGAGCUCAUCCUCCAGGGAAAAUUUGGAGAAAAGAGUAGGGAUACAGCUGGACCAGGCCUCCUUAGAGGAUCUUCUUCUGCCAAACUUAACUUACUCUGUAGAAACUCUCUAUGAUAUUGACUGUGUACAGAGAAUUCUAGACCAUUUUCUUGUGUCUGAUCAAGCUUCUGCAGCUACCAGCCCUUGCUUGGUUGAUGAAGGGCAGUUGAUUGGCUCACCUUCGCUGUCACCGAUCACCAUGGUGUCCAGGCUCAUCGAUGGAUUCCUUGCAGAAAUUGCACCGGAUGUUAAUCUGAAGUUUUCCAAGUUUCAGGCUCUAGCGGCCAUGAUACCCGACUAUGCUCGGACACUGGACGAUGGCAUUUAUCGUGCUAUUGAUAUAUACCUGAAGGCUCAUCCAUGGCUGACGGACUCUGAAAGAGAACAGCUGUGUAGGCUCAUGAACUGUCAGAAGCUAUCGCUUGAAGCCUGUACACAUGCUGCUCAGAACGAAAGGCUGCCGCUGAGGGUUGUGGUUCAGGUACUCUUCUUCGAGCAGCUGCGCCUCAGGACAUCUAUCGCUGGCUGGUUUUUCGUGUCAGACAACAUUGACAAUGGGCAGGGACAUCACAGCCUCGACCUUCCAAAAAAUGAGGGGACAAUCUCCGCCGCUCCUGUCCAUAUCAAGGACAGCCACAACCUCAAGGUGGGGAUCGAUGACAUGAGAGUGCGGGUAUGCGAGCUCGAGAAGGAGUAUCUGAGCAUGAAACAAGAGAUUGAGAAGCUUGGGAAGCCAAAGAGCUCUUGGAGCGUAUUCUCCAGGAAGCUUGGGUUCAAGUUUAGGCCACAGUUUUGCAAUCCAAGAGAGAAUUCUGUUGCCAUCCAAGAUCCACCCAAGGGUGGCCCAGCUUAGGUCCCUGUCUCCUUGUUCCCCUAUAGAGAAAUAGUGUUCUGUUAGGUCGGUAUUCCACAAGCUGGUCAUCAUUCAAUUUAAUUUUUGUAGUUAACCUUAAUUCAAUUUUUAUUGUUUACCAUUUAACUUGACAGUAGCCACGUUCGGUAGCCGAGGAAUAGGAACAUGAAAUGUGGUUGUAUCAAUGUGUUUAUUGCUUCUGGUGGCAGUGCUUGUCACAGCAUAUCUGAAUGGGAAAUCAUGUUUAUUCA